AUGCGCCUUUCUCGACCCCGGCUGCGCGUUUCGCAGCCCCAGUCUGCCUUUGCAGAGGGAAACGCGCGAUGGACCAAUCGCGAUCUGGAUCCGAUACCCAAACAUCGGCGAAUAUGGGGUGCGGCCAGUCUGAUAGCAUACUGGAUCUCCGAUGCCUUCAACGCAGCAACCUGGCAGUUUGCCAGCAGUAUUAUUGCCGUCGGACUCACAUACCGUGAAGCACUGGGCAUUGUCGCCUUGUCCUUCUUCAUUAUGUCGUUCGUGAUCGCUGCUAACGGCGCCAUCGGCGCCAUCUACCACACUCCAUUCCCGGUGAUUGCCCGCGCGAGCUGGGGGUUCUGGGGCUCGUAUGUUGCCAUUGUCUCGCGGGUAAUCCUUGCCGUAUUCUGGUUUGCUAUCCAAAAUGUCAAUGGUGGAAAUGCCGUUCGCAUUAUGCUCGGUGCCAUCUGGCCGAGUUUUCUGACCCUCCCAAACGGCAUCCCGAAGUCUCAGGGGAUCACUACAAGUGGGAUGGUGGGAUAUCUGAUUUUCUGGAUCGUCCAGGUCCCCUUCCUGUGUAUGCAUCCGAAUCGGCUCCGCUGGCUGUUCGUUGUCAAAUCGGUAAUUGUACCCAUUGCCUGGAUUGCUAUUUUGGUUUGGGCCUUUGUCGCAGAGAAGGGCGGAGGAAAUAUCUUUGUCCAGCAGAAGGCCUCGGUCUCUGGGUCGAAGUACAGCUGGCUGUUCCUGGCGAACAUGACCAGUGUAUUGGGCAACUAUGCCACGCUCAGCGUGAACCAGUCAGAUUUCUCGCGCUACUCGCGUGUCAAUCCUCGCUGGCAACUCCUCUAUGUGCCUAUGCUGCCCAUUAUCUUCACCUUCAUCUCCUUCAUUGGAAUCGCAGCCUCGUCUGCUGGCCAGGCCCACUACCGUCUAUCCUCCAUUCCCUGGGACCCAAUGGUGCUGAUCAGCUACUGGCCCAGCCGAGCAGGCCGCUUCUUCGGCGCCUUCUCAUUUGUGUUAGCAUCGUUGGGCGUCAAUAUUUCAGCCAAUUCUAUCUCAGCUGCCAACGACUUUACCGCGUUAGCACCACAGUUUCUAAACAUUCGUCGCGGCCAGAUCCUGUGUGCACUUCUGUCAUGGUGUCUGGUCCCCUGGAAGAUUCUCGAGUCUGCAGGCAACUUCCUCACCUUCAUGUCUGCGUACGCCAUAUUUCUGGGUCCCGUUGCUGCGAUUAUGCUGUUUGAUUUCUGGGUCAUCAACCAUCGGCGCUACGAUGUGCUUGCUCUAUACCAGCCCUGGAACUCGACAUAUCGCUACGCUGGUUCCGCCGGGUGGACAGCUGGUGUGAACUGGCGUGCAAUGAUUGCUUUCCUCGUCGGUGUCGCGCCCAACCUUCCCGGUCUCAUCAAUGCCGUCAAUCCAGAGAUCGAUGUCGGGUCAGGGAUCCAUCCCUAUCAGUUUGGAUGGAUAUUAAGCUUCGUUGGGACCGCCGGUACCUAUCUGUGUUUGUCGUGGUGGUUUCCAGCGCAAGAGACCCAGAUCGAGCACGCUGUCCUGCCCGAUGAGAUUUAUGACGCAACUGGUGCCGUGGUAGAAGGCCUUGAUGCGGAUGACCAGCCAAGUGUCAAAGUGGCACCAGCUGAUGGUGAGAAGAAUGUAAGGGUUGGAUCACAGUCAUCUGCAGAAAAGGUCGUUUAA